UUCACAUCUGAGUUUCAAGUUUUCAUAAUCUUCUUUCGCCUCUUUCACUACCUUAGUUAAUUACGUUCCAUAAAGAUUCUACGUGUGGCCAUGAAGAGACUGCGAGAAGGAGUAGCGAACAUAGAUUUGGGAAAUUGUCUAAUGCUCCUGGCUCAGUCUCAGCCCAGAGAAAGCAAGCCCCAGAAACUUUUGGGCCCGGUUGAAUUUGAGUGCAGGACCUGCAACCGCAAAUUCUCUUCGUUCCAAGCCCUCGGUGGGCACAGGGCCAGCCACAAGAAGCCCAAACUAGAGGGGAAGAUUCUGAGGUUGGGGAACAAGCCCAAAACGCACGACUGCUCCAUUUGCGGUCAGCGAUUCUCUUUGGGCCAGGCAUUGGGAGGACACAUGAAGAGGCACAGAGUUGCCAACAAUGAAGGCGACAUUUCUUCGAUCAAUGAGGCUGAGGUUGUUGCAAAAGUACCGGUUGUUAAAAGGUCCAAUAGUACGAGAGUUUUGUGCUUGGACUUGAACUUGACUCCUCUUCAGAAUGACCUCAACUUGUUGUUUGGAGACAAGGCACCCAUACUUGUUGAUUUAUUCACAUGAUCAUCGUAACUUCCAUUUGUUUCAACUGCUUCAUUAUUAUUGCUCUUUCUUUACUCUUUUUUUUUUUUAACACUUUUAUUCUUUAAAUUCUUUCAUGUAACUAUUUUUUUUAAUAUACGAUUAUCUGAUA